GAUCCGCCGCUUGGCUAGGGUUUCCUCGUUCGCCAUUGUUGUUCUUCCCUUCGUUGAGCACGUCCUCUCGCUUCAGGAGAGAUCGUUCCUUUGAUCUAGAGACGAGAGAUCGAGGAGCGGAUCAACGCCGUACUUAGCAGAUUCUUCAAAUUAUUUAUAGUAUCGUGAAUGAUUAUUUAAUGGAGUCAAAAGGUGGCAAGAAAUCUAGUAGUAGUUCAUUACAAUACGAAGCUCCCCUUGGCUACCUCAUUGAAGACGUUCGACCGUACGGAGGAAUCAAGAAGUUCCAGUCUGCUGGCUACUCCAACUGUGUGAGGAAGCCAUCCUGAUAUUCUUUCGCUUGCUCUCCUGUUCAGUAGAGUAGGAUUUCUUAAGCGUGUUCGACCUUUGUUCCUCCUCUUUUCUACAACUCUCUGGCUUGCUGUCUUCUAGUAAUCAAACCUCUCUCAGUCUCUCCUCCCCGCUUUCUUGUCCGUCCUCAGCAAUGGCAUUGACGACGAUGACUGGCUCUCCUGACCUUGCUCUUGUUUCUGCAAUCGGGUUCGAGGGGUUCGAGAAACGCUUGGAGAUCACCUUCUCUGAGGCAUCAAUCUUCGCUCGCCCUCAUGCCCAUGGCCUGCGCUCCCUCUCUCGGGCACAGAUUGACUCUGUUCUGGAUUUGGCAUGCUGCACCAUCGUGUCUCAAUUGGCUAACAAUGACUUCGACUCCUACGUACUCUCCGAGUCGAGCCUCUUCGUCUACCCUUACAAGAUCAUCAUCAAGACUUGCGGGACCACAAAGCUCCUCCUUUCCAUUCCUAGAAUCCUCGAGCUUGCAGCAGAGCUUUCGCUCUCUCUUCAAUCCGUUAAGUACUCUCGGGGAACCUUCAUCUUCCCGAGCGUGCAACCAGCCCCGUACCACAGCUUCUCUGAAGAAGUUUCUGUCCUCAAUGGCUUCUUCGGCGACCUCAAGUCCGGUGGCAAUGCUUAUGUUAUCAGUGAUCCCUUAAUGCCGGACCGCAAAUGGCACAUCUACUAUGCUACUGAGAAGCCCGAGCAUCCUAUGGUCACUCUGGAGAUGUGUAUGACUGGAUUGGACACUGGACGAGCUUCCAUCUUCUUCAAGAACAAUGUUGCUGCUUCUGCCACUGAGAUGACGAAGUUCUCAGGGAUCUCUGAAAUCAUCCCUGAGAUGGAAAUCUGCGACUUCGACUUCGAGCCUUGCGGCUACUCCAUGAACGGGAUAUCUGGGCCAGCACUCUCUACCGUCCAUGUAACACCAGAGGACGGUUUCAGCUAUGCAAGCUACGAGGCCAUGGGGUUCCACCCUGAGUCCCAAUCAUACAACGACUUGGUCGAAAGGGUCCUCUCCUGCUUCGGCCCUUCUGAAUUCUCUGUUGCUGUCACCAUAUUUGGAGGACGUGAGCAAGCUGCCUCAUGGGGAAAGGAAGUUGACGUAUAUGGUUACAAUUGCGGGGAAAUGAUAGAGCAGGAGCUGCCUGACGGAGGAUUACUGAUCUACCAGAGUUUUUCUGCUUCCCCUGUGACAGCUCCUGUGUCACCGAGGUCCAUCUUGCACCCCUGGGAAAGAGAGAACCAGGAGAGUAUUGCGACUGCAAAGGAUGAGGAUGAGCUUCUGAUGAUGAUGAUGAUGGAGAAGGGAAGGAAAGCUGAGAGUCAGGAAAUUCAAGUGUUUUAGCAGCCAGCCAAACUGUUUUUUUUUUUCUUCAUGUUUUUCUUUGUUUAGUUCUUUCAUGCUGUGAAGAAUAAAUGCUCUAGGUGGUUUGCUAUGUCUGCCACAAUGAGCAAAAAUGCAUAAUUUUGUGCUGUUCAAGAGAUCUUGUUGCUGAUGGAACAGUUUGGAUGUCUUAAUUAUGUUCUUUAUACUAAA